AUGGGAGUACCCGCGGAUAUUCUACUUAGUCGAGGAAUUGUACGAUUACAUGGAACUACUAUACCAUGCAUUCAAGUUAAAUCAGACAACAAAUGCCGAAGAGUUACAGCUGCUGAUAAUUAUGUUGUUCCCCCUUACAGUGAGAAGAUUAUUCAAGCUUUUGUCGAGAGGAAUGACGAUGGUACAGAGCCUACAGAGUUUAUAGUGGAACCAAAUGAGAAAUUUUCAGAAAAGUAUGAAUUGUUAAUGGCAUGUUCUUUGAUUGACAUAGAGAAAAGUACUACAGUACCUGUCAGACUUUUGAAUCCAACUUGUACACAAAAACAGAUAUGGCAAUAUGUCGUACUUGGAAAUGCUGAAGAGUUUCUAUAUGAAACUGUGCUGGAAGAUCCUGGCGGAAGCGCAGAUAAUAUUACAAUAGGACACACUGUCAGGCAUACCACUGAAACAGAAAAAGGACAAUUAAAUGAAAAAUUACCUGAACAUUUAAGACAAUUAUACGAAGACUCCUUGAAGUCUAAUGAACUUGAUGAAAAGUCACAGAGAGAUCUGUUCAAAUUGCUAUUUGACUUUCAAGACACUUUUUCUAAGAACGACUUAGACUUGGGUUUGACUCAUAUUAAUGAGCAUGCGAUUGAUACUGGCAAUGCUAGACCAAUUGAACUUCCACCCAGAAGAGUUCCUAUUGCUUAUGCUGAAGCUGAACUUAAAACAAUUACAGAUAUGGAAAAAGAGGGAAUCAUUCGAAAAUCAAAUUCUCCCUGGGCUUCACCUCUGAACCUUGUUUAG